UUUGCAAAUUCAUUUAAACCAUCGUUUGUACCUCAAAAUACAGCGGAGGUGAAAGCAGUACUACAGGCGCUUAUGGUGAAAAUCCAGAAAUAUUGUAAUUCCAAUGCAAAACCACCAAAUACAGUAAAAAUAUUGCUUAUUGGCGGUGAUUGGCUGCAAGGUGCUGCACUGCGGCAUUACGUUGAGCUGAUGGGCGUGAGACCACCAGAUUGGCUCAAUCAUUUACGUUUUUACAUUGUGCCGAUUGGUAGCAGUGCUAUUGCAAGAUAUCUAAGUCAAAUGGAUCAAGCAUAUGGUUCCAUGUUCGGCACUGAAAAUUGGUAUCAAUUGUGUGAACGUGUGGCUGUUACAGCCGCUGCUGUUAGUGCAGUGACAACGGUCAAUGCAACCGCACUCACGUCUUCGCUCGCUGAUAAUGCUAAUGCAAAUAAGUUCAAUAUAGUGGAUUUAUUGAUACGUAUACAAAAAUAUUUACAAGCGGCCGGACCCUGUGCUCAAAUACCAAUUGCGGAAGCUAUGGUCAAUUAUAAAGAUGAAGAUUCUUGCCAGAUUUUUGUGCCAUUCAUUUCGGAUGUGCGCAUUGGGUACCUAGAAGGUCCACAAGCUUCACUUGAUCUCGAAGAAAGUAUGACUCAAUCUACAACGAGUGUAGCACAACAAACAAGUGCUACCAGUGCAAUUCCAAUUGGAAAUUCUGCUUCCACAACUAUGAUUGGUGGUGGUAAUAUUAUGAGUGGAAAUGGUUCUCCACCGCAAAGUGGACGUAUUACACCACCAAAUCAAACACCACCAUCAUCAGCAACAUCACAACGUGAACGUAUAGGUGAUAACUUUGGUACACCACAACAGAUUAAUGUUGUACAAGUUGAACCAGUAGAGCUGCAAGUUGACUACUGGCCGAUUCUAAGACAUAGUGAUCAUUCUAUUAAGGAUAAGAGUGUCACGCGAAGUGGUGAUCAGGGUGGCAAAAAUAGCAUUAAGAGUACAUUUAGAAAUCUACAGGUAUGGCGUUUGCCGCAAAAUGCUCAAAUUGGUGAAAUGUCUAGUGGAUUGACUGUUAGUUUUGCGACUAAGGAAAAGAAACAAAAGCAAAUUAUGCGUUUGGGCAAGAAAAAGGAAAAAGAUCGUGAUCUCGAAAAGGAACAAUGUGUAGAAGGUGUUGCACGUUUAAUAUGUUCUCCAAAACAAUCUCAUCCAGUACCAUUAAAAGUAUAUAUCGAUGGCACAGAAUGGACUGGUGUUAAAUUCUUCCAACUAUCAUCUCAUUGGCAGACGCACGUUAAAAAUUUCCCAAUUGCCCUAAUUGGACAUUUGCAAUUUCCUUGCGCUGAAAUAUCCUAGUCAUUUUAAUUUAGUUUUAAAAUCAAUAUGAAAAAGGGAAAAAUACAUCACAAAAAAAAAGAACAAAAAACAAAA